UCUUGUGAGUGUUAGAAAAAGGGUGUGCUUUCAUUCUUAUCUCUUGCAACAGUAGCGAGUGUGAGCAUUCUAUAGCAUAUUCUCUGGUCAGAUUCAAGCAAGGGAACACAUUCAUCUCUCUGGAGAGUUUCUUUAAAAUAAUGGAUGACCACUUGUUUCUUUCUCGCCAAUUCUCAAUUCUCUCUCUGCAUAUUAGUUAAAUCAGGUUCAAGAAAGUUGGAUAUGUUGAAAUAAAUUGAUGGAGUGUCUCUUGGGUUUCGCAUCUUCUGUUUCAAGAGAUUUAGUAUGUGGAGCUUUAAAUUAAUUACGAUAUCCUUGUUGCUUUAACAAUUUUGUCAAAAGGCUUGAACAAAAAGAGAGCGAUUUGAUUAUAACGAAAGAUAGUGUCCAAAAAUUUGUUGCGCACGGCAAAAAACAAACGAGAAGGCCUAGUAAAAUUGUAGACAAGUGGCUGGAAGAUGCUAUCAAUGAUGUACACAAUGUGAAUCAUUUGCUGGAAGAGGCAAGAACAAAAGAAAUUUGUUGCUUUGGGUACUGCUCAAAUUGGAUUUGGCGAUACCAUGUUGGAAAAAAGUUAGCAAAUAAAACUAUAGACCUCGAAAAGUUCAUUGAAAAGGGUAGAAAAUAUGUGCCAUUUGAUCGCAUCGCUACGCUUCCUUCAAACACCCUUGAUAUUUUUUUAGAAAAAUGCAUGAACUUUGAGAGUAGACAAUCUGCAUAUGAGCAACUACUGGAUGCAGUGAAAAAUAAUGAUGUUUCCAUGAUUGGGUUGUAUGGGAUGGGAGGUUGUGGUAAAACCACAUUAGCAAUGGAAAUUAGGAAGUUCAUAGAAGCAGAACAUCUUUUUGACAAAGUUCUUUUUGUGCCUAUUUCUAGUACAUGGGAAGUUCAAAGGAUCCAAGAAAAAAUUGCAAGUUCAAUACAAUUUGAAUUUCCAGAAAUGGAAGAAAUGGAAAGAGCCCAAAGAUUAUACUUGAGAUUAACUCAAGAGAAAAAUAUUUUUAUAAUUCUAGAUGACGUGUGGGAGAAGCUUGACUUUGGUCGUAUUGGGAUUCCUUCUUCUGAAUACCAUAAAGGAUGUAAGAUUCUCAUUACUAGUAGAUCAGAAGCAGUUUGUACUUUAAUGGAUUGUCAAAGAAAGAUUUACUUACCAAUUUUAACGGAUGAAGAAGCAUGGACUCUUUUCCAAAAUAAAGCUUUUAUAUCAGAAGACACACCUGAUACCUUAAAGGAUCUGGGAAGAUUAAUUUCUAAUGAAUGUAAAGGAUUGCCUGUGGCCAUUGCAGCUGUUGCUUGUAGUUUGAAGGGAAAAGCUGAGACAGUAUGGAGUGUUGCAUUGACUAAAUUGAGACAUUCUAAACCAAUAAAUAUUGAAAGAGGUUUGACUGAUCCCUACAAGUGCUUGCAGUUGAGCUAUGAGAAUUUGGACGUUAAAGAAGCUAAAUCACUUUUCUUGUUGUGCUCUGUGUUUCCUGAAGAUUUUGAAAUUCAAGUUGAACUUUUAACAAUAUGUGCAAUAGGAUUAGGUAUAGUUGGAGAAGCUCACUCAUAUGAAGAGGCAAGGAAUGAAGUGAUUGCAGCUAAAAUUAAGCUAGUUAGUUGUUGUUUAUUGUUGGAUACAGAUGAUGAAUGUGUCAAAAUGCAUGAUAUAGUUCGCGAUGUGGCCCACAUAAUAGCAAAAAAUGAGAAUAAGAUGAUCAAGUGUGAAGAGGAAAAAGAUGUUAGAGUGGAACAAAAUUCAGUAAGAUAUCUAUGGUGUGUGAAAUUUCCAAAUGAUUUGGAUUGCUCUAGUCUUGAGUUUUUAUACUUGGAGACAAAGAUGAAAGAAUUUGAUGAAAUUUUCAAAAGAAUGGGAACGCUCAAAGUUUUGAUUCUUGUCAACGAUGAGGAUGGAAAAACACGAUUGUCAACAGUAUCUUUCAAAACAUUAACAAAUCUUCGUUAUCUAUUCGUUUACAAUUAUGAAUUGAGGGACUUCUCAUUUUUAGGUGGUAUGACGAAUCUUCAAAGUCUCUCGUUAUUUGAUUGUUUACUGCCUUCAUUUCCUGAAUUACAAAGCGAUGUUGCAAUUACACUACCAAUCUUAAAAUUGUUAGAGUUGAAUAAAUGUGACAUUAAAGUGAAGAAUUUUGAAGUGAUAAAGAGAAUUCCGCUUUUGGAAGAGUUGUACAUUAUUGAUAUUAAAGGAGAAUGGGAUGCUAACAGUGAAGACAAUAUUGAAUUCUUUAAGACGUUUAGCGUUCCCGAAACACUUCAAAGGUAUGGAAUUGUGUUAGGGUCCCAUAAAUUUGACCAUUUUAAUUAUGGAGAUGUUUACAUUCAUGGAAGAACUUUAUUACUUAACCAUUUUGACAUAUCAAAUGAGGUAAUAAAGGGUUUGGCAAAAAAAGCAAAGGAUCUAUUUGUGGCAAAUAUUCAUGGAGGUGUGAAAAAUAUCAUCCCUGAUAUAUUUCAAAUUGAAGGAGGAGGUUUGGAUGAGUUGAAUAAGUUUGAAAUACUUGAUUCUGAAGAGUUAGAAUGUUUGAUUGACACUAGUAGUCACUCGAGUGAGGUCGUAACUCUCUUCUCCAAGUUGCAUACGCUGGGAAUCGAGAACAUGAAAAAUCUAAGAGUUAUAUGGCAUUGUUUUCUACCUACCAAUGGACCUUUUGAGAACUUAGAGAAGUUGGAUUUAAGUGAUUGUCCACGGUUGACAUUUCUCUUCACAUAUGUGGUUGCUCGAAAUUUGGUACAAUUGAAAAUAUUAAAAAUAUCAAGAUGUGAUGGACUGAAGCAUAUAUUAGCAUAUGAUGAGAAAACAGAAAAAAGUCAAGAUGAAUUCAACACAGGGCAUCCUAUACAAAUCUUCCAGAAUUUGUUGGAUGUAAAGAUAAGUAGCUGUCGAGAACUAAAACAUAUAUUCUCAACCAACAUUGUGGGAGGCUUAACUCAAUUGAAAGUUCUCGAGAUAGAAGAAUGUGACAUGCUAGAUCAAAUUAUUGGAGAUAUUGUUCCAUUAACAGACCAGGAUCGAAAAGAAGAACUUGAUGAAAUAAUUGAGGAAGGAACUCUAUCCAGUCUUGCAAGUCUUAAGAUAACAUGUUGUGGGAAGUUAGGCUCAAUUUUUACAGCAUCUAUAGCUAAGACCUUGACUUCUUUGGAAGAAUUGUUCAUAGAAGACUGCAAAAGUUUGAAGGAUAUAGUAACUCACGAAAGGGUCAAUAAAAAUCAGGAGGAAAGCAUUGUUGAGGAUGAGCAUGAUUGUCAGAGUGAUAUUUCAAUCUUCCAAAGUUUGAAAAAUCUACAUAUCAGUAAAUGUGACUUAUUGGAGGGUAUAUUCCCUGUUUCUUUUGUCGAAGAAUUGAAUGAUAUAACAAAUAAACAGGCUGCUGAUUUGAAAGACUUCUCUAGUCUAAAUAAUACUCAAAUUGAGCUUCCUGCUUUACAAGUACUUGAACUUGAUCAUAUUCAGAACAGAACCAUUGUUGGUAGUUAUCAAGUGAUAUGUCCAUCUUUAAGAAAACUAUCAUUGGAUAUUGGGAGAUAUGUUGGGUUUUUCAACAUAAAUUGUUCAACAGAUGUUUCAGAAGCUACAAAAAGGGAUUAUAUUGCAAUCAAGAUAUCGAACUCAGAUUUUGUUCCCCCGAUUGAAAGUGUUCAGUAUCUUUCAAAACAACCACAUGGUUUGAACUUGAUUAUGAUACACAAUAUUAGAGAGAUUGAACUGAAAGGCUUUGAUAAGGCAAGGUACCUUUUUAAAUUGUCCAUUGCUUCAUCAUUGAUGUUGGAAAUUUUGAGAAUUAAGGAAUGUGGUGGACUUGAGUACAUUAUAGACACUGGUGAUGAAUAUGGCAAAGAGAAUAUGAAAGCUAUCUUUCCUAACUUAAAAGAGCUCUCAGUGUAUGACUGUUUCCAAUUGAAAUAUAUGAUUGGCCAAUAUGACGUAGCUAAUAAGGAUUAUAAGGAGAUUCAUAUUCAAUUCUCAGCAUUGGAAAUACUCUCUCUUCAUGAUCUACCAAACUUUGUUAGCAUUUGCUCUACCAACAAUCUCAUUGUGACGUGGCCAUCUUUGAAGAACUUUCAGUGUUACAGAUGUUUCUACCCAUUUUAUGGUUCUGUUAGUUGUUUGACGAUUCCUAAAAAUUCAAGAGAGCCUAUUAUCACAAGUACGAAGGAUCCAAAAGGGAUUCAGAACAAUCUUCCCACUUUGCAAACUCUAAACAUAACGUAUUCUGAAGCAGAACGUAUUUUUUGUCUUAAUGGCCAACAAGUGAAUUUAAGGUUAGAGAACUUGGAGUUGAAUAAUCUACCUCAAAUGACUUAUAUUUGGGUGGCUUACGACAAUUCUAUUACUCUCCGACAUCUCACAAAAUUAAAAGUAAUGGAUUGUCAAAAAUUGGAAGUAAUUUUUCCAAAGUCUGUUGUAAGAUGCUUACCAGGGUUGAAGCACGUAACCAUAAUAGAGUGCAUGGAAUUGAAGCAGAUCAUGGAAGAAGACGACUCCAAUCUUCUUCCUAUAGAUGGAGGCUCUGAAAUAGAGAUGAUUGGAUAUGAUAAAGAAGCUUCAAAGAAUUAUUUUACCUUCCCAAAUCUUGAAAAACUAAAAAUAAUUGAAUGUGCGAAAUUGGAAAUAGUCUUUCCAAAGUCUGUUUUAAGAUGCUUUCCAAAGUUGAAUGUUCUUGUGAUAAGAAAAUGCAAAGAAUUAAAGCAGAUCAUCGAAGAAGACGAGUCAAAUCUUCUUUCUAUAGGAGGCUCUGAACUAGAUGAGAUUAUUGGAUGUGAUAAAGAAGCUUCAAAGAAUUAUUUUGCCUUCCCAAAUCUUGAAAAACUAGAAAUAAUUGAAUGUGCGAAAAUGGAAGUAGUCUUUCCAAAGUCUGUUUUAAGAUGCUUACCAAAGUUGAAGCUUUUGAAGAUAAGAAAAUGCAAAGAAUUAAGACAAAUCAUUGAAAAGGAUGUGGAGGGUAAAAAUUUGUCUAAUCUUGUUUCUCUUCAACCAUGCUUCCCAAAACUAGAAGCAUUGCAUGUUGAUGAUUGUCACAAGUUGAAAAGAUUAUUCUCUGGAUCUGCUUCUAAUGACCUUCCCAAUCUUCAUCUUCUGGCCAUAAAUGGAACCUAUGAACUAGAAGAGCUUGUUGGAUGUAAACAAGGAAAGACUAAAGUUGAACUUCCAAGACUCAAACUUUUAAUAUUUAUGCAUCUUUUAAACUUCCGUCAAGAGAUUGAAUUGCAUAAUUUAAAGAAUUGCAUUAUCUACAAAUGUCCAAAGCUCUCUUUCACUUCAACAACUACUCUUGAGAAGCUCUGUGAAGAUUUUCCUUACGAAGAUUUCAACACUGAACUUGAUAGUUGGCAAUUUGAACGCAUAGUAAGAUUCAUAUACGAAGAUUCAACUAUCAAUGGUAGCAGUGAGUUCACUUCAUCACAGGAGAUUGGGGACAUAGGAAAUGAGAGCAUUACAGAGGGCUCUUUAGUAGAGGGUGCUAAGACAAAAUCUUCAUCAACUGGUGUUGAAGACAUUGGCAUUGGAGGUGGUGUUGCAACUCGCAUUGAGUCUGGUGGGGAGGACAUACCUGCACUAGAUUCCAAGGUAGUUGAACAAGAUGAUAAGAUGAAUGAAGGCAAGGCAGGAAUAGUGGCAAGCCAAGGAAUCCGAGUAGAAGAAGGGUUGAACCUUUUGCAUAAACAAGAGGGAAUAGAUGUUGUUACUAACAACAACAUUGACAUUUCUUCAGCUUCUGCAGAUAUCCGUACAAGAUUGGAAGCAUAUAAACAUUUUGUUGAUCUGGAUGAUGCACAAAUUUCUCUUCUGGUGGAGGGAAUAACAACAUAUCCUCAUCUCUGGAAUCCUUCCAAGAAGUUUCGUGAGCGCUUUCAAGCUUGGAGGUUGAAAAUUUUGGCAGAUCUGUUGUCUUUCCUUCAUAAGGAAAGUGUCCAUAGUGCUAUUCCUCAAAGAGAAAAAUAUUUCUAUAAACUAUGUGAAGAAGCUAUUGAAGUUGGAUUUGAGAGUUCAUGGGUAGAGGAAAUGCGUCAACGUGUUGUGGCGAGGGAUCCUAAGCUGGGAGAGGACGUCGCACGGAGACAAAUAGAUGAGAAUUCUAAGAGUUUGUUAAACAGGUGUUGUAGUGGGGACGUUGUUGAAGAAGGUGAUGGGCCUAAGAUUAGCUUCGAAAAAGGUUCUGACUUGGUUGAUAAAGAAUGUGAAAUAGGUGUUGUUUCUAAUGACCACAUUUUGGCUCCGAGAAAGGAAGAACCAGAGCAGGAAUUUGUUGCAGAAGUUUUCACUUCAGAAAUACCAAGAAUAGCAACAUCAUUAACAAAUUCGCAAACAGUUGAAAAGCCAGCACCUUCAAAUCCAUUGGUGGACACACAGCACACUAGUGAACCGUGUUUGAUGGAGCAGAAAAAACCACUUGGUGAAAUUCCAAAGAGUAUUGAGCAAGUUGCCGUAGAGGAAACCAUAGCAAAGAACACCAAUAUGGCAGCUUCAUCAAUUUUUUCCGAAUCCGCGACCUCUAAGUUGGAUCCAACAGUUACUUUACUAAGUAAAUCACAUCAACAUCAUCAUGGUGAAAUUAACAGCAGCCAAAUUGAGGCACGCAUUGCUAAAGAAAGUGAAGGCCAUCCUAAAAUCAUUCAAGACUUUGGGGCCAAUGAGAUCACGAGUUUAUUUGCACCAGUUGUUGUUGGGAAAAAGGGUGAAGAUAAGCGAGUUAGAAAAGUAUCUGAAGAUGUCUCUGAAGGAUAUAGUUAGCUCUGAGACUAACAGCCUUUGCCUUUUGUCUGCUCUUAAUUUCCUUUCCAACCUUCCUUUCAAAGAUGUCAAAGUAUCAGAUGGACUCAAACAUAUUAUAGACACUAUGCACCGACACUUGCCAAGCAUUCUAUUCUCCUUUAAGCAAGGCUUUGCCACCACUAAUCAUAUAAAAAAUAUGAUUAGUGGCUAUGUGUAGUGAAUAUGAGCUCAAUCGCAUGGCUGCUACAAAUCGCUCGUGAAGGUUUUCGUUGUUCAUUAUUAUUAAGGUUAAUGUCUUAUGUUUUUCCUAGUGGUUUAUGCUUCAAUAAGGUAGCUUGGUCCUAAAUUAACUUAAUGUGCACCCAACCCAUCAGCCAGUACCACUAAUCAUAUACUUUCAGUUUACUUUCCAAAUUUCGAUUGUUCUAUUUUGUUGUUGUUUGGUAUCUUAUUUGUGUGUAAGAGGUUGUUCUUCGUGAAACAGACAAAACAAGUGUUGUGAUAAAUGAAAAAACUAUUUGUUCUUUUAUGUAA